AUGGCUCGACCUACUCCGCAAGCAAAAGCCAGAAAACCUCUUGACGAGCUCGUCGCUGAAGGCAGGGCCAAGGGUCUAAAGUGCAACUUGCAGACAGACGGCCGAAUGUUUUCAUUUGCACAGAUAGUUCUGGCAAGCACUGCAUUCGCAACAUAUUUGGAGAAACAUGCCCCUUCCAAGCACACAGAUGGAGCCGAGAAACGGCAGUUUGGAUCAAGCUAGGCAGAUAUACCAAAUCCAACUAUUUUCUUGGCCGCCCU